AUGAAACUCCUCACGUGCGCCCUGUGGUGGCUGGCGCUGCUGGGCGAGGGGCUCCUCUCCCAGGAGAGGCACUUGGCGAAGUUCGCGCCGUCACUAAAGGAAGAAGGGGAGCUGUUCGUGGAGACCCCCUACGACUGCGAGCACAGCGGGUUUAUAGCUCUGCUGAGGAGGAACCCGCUCUACUUUUGCUUUUUCGUAGGUGAAGGGGAUUACUACGGUCUGGUUCUUCGUACCUACAAUUCGGAAGACCUCAAGUGGGAACCUGCAACAGAGGUGUUAAUAACGAAGCAAAAAAUAAACACAUACACUUUCAUUGAUGAUUACCUCUUAGAGAAACUCAUUCUCAUUUAUUCUUACGAUGCAAAAAUAAGAGUCACCGUUUUUAAUAAUUAUAAAGAACCCUCCACGGAGACCUACAAGAUUAGUGUAAAUUAUGAGAUUUUGCAAAUGGCUAAUGUAAUAACGAGAGUGACUUACCUUUUUAAAAAUAGGAAGUCCAUCGCUGUCUGUGGCAUAAAUAGAAGCAAUAACAUCCUCUGCUCCUUCUCCUUCGAUUACGGGUUAACGAUGAAGGACGAAAAUGCAAUUGAGUUUAUUCUUAAAACGAAGAUCCCCAUAGGGAAUUACAAAAUGCACGUGGAGUUUUUCCCUGAGCACGUCUAUUUUAACCUCUACGAUGAUGUCAUCCAAGACAAUGACUACGAGCUGAGGUGCAUCAAGGGGAGUGAGAAAGAGUAUGCGUGUGACUUCCUCUCCAAACCACUCAAAGAAACGGAGAGCAUUCAAUAUAGGGGGGUCCUACGCAACCGCAUGUUUCAGAACAUCGUGUACGAGGCGAAGGAGAGGUGCUACAUCGGGUGGUCCUUCAACUCUGUCAGCAUGAAUAGCGAGCUGGAGACGCUCAUUUCGGAUUCCCCCUGCUCGCACGUCUCGCUCUUUCACCAGGGGACAUCCUUGGUGGUGGCUUACCAGCGGGGCCCCUUCUCGCCGCUCGGCCCCCAGUUCUACCGGAUCUUCGAGAACCUGCAGGAGAAGGCCGCCGGGUGCGAGUUCCGCGUGGGCGGCAGCCUGUACGUGGCGAGCACCUUCACCAACCACCAGUGCCGCAUCGACAUGCAAAGCGUAGACGUGAACCCGCAGAACGAAGACGAAAUAAGCUUCAGCGUCGUGGUCCCGGCUCACUUUGACAUCCAGGACGCCACCUGCUUCGUCUCCAACGAUAUGUAUAACAAUGAUAAGACGACCCUUUACUACCUGGAGCGAGAGCAAGUGGAGCAGGAGGACCUCUUCAUCUUCACCUUCCUAUUCUAUCGAUACAUAAUAGACCACAUCAAGGUGAAGGAGAGCACCUGCAUAUUUGAAAAUGAGAAGAAGAAGGAAAAGCUGCAAAUCUCCCUCACCUUGGAAAGUCCCUACAAAGAAGACACAUGCGAUAUUGGCUCAGAAGAUCUCUGCGACUUCAUAAUCCAGGGGAGGAGCAAAAUUGUCAUCCAUUUUGAUGAACAUAAGUGGGAAGUGGAUGCCCAGCUGGUGAAUGCCUCUCGAGUGCUUUACAAUGGGGUGCACAUCCCUCUGCAUAACCUGCUGAGCACCUCCAAUAUUAACGAGCUCGUUCAAGUGGGCACCAACCAAGUUACCAUCCUCAUCCCUAGUACCAUCCCGAGCAGUCGGACCGCCAAAAUUGCAUUUACUAGUAAGCAGGAGGGGGGAGGGAGGACUAAGCAUGCAUACCUCAGGCUGCAAAAGAAUGUGAAGCCUAUGAAAAAAAUCUUGGGAAUUAACUUCUCCUCCUCAUUUGACAUCAGCUACAAAUACUUUAAGCACUACCAGGAAAAUGUAAAAUUUUUGCUAAACGAAUUUAACGAGACCAACUACAUCGGCAUGGUGUGCGAAACGCACCUGCAGAUCACCGCCCCCCCGUGCACACUCACCCUGGUGGACCACUCCAAUAAGAGCUUCCACAUCCACGCGGUCUUCCCCCAGAAGGUCCCCUUCCUCUACAGCUACACGAAGAAGAAGCUCCCCCAUGAGAGUGGCCCCCACCAUGAGAGUGGCCCCCACCAUGAGAGAGGCCCCCACCAUGAGAGUGGCCCCCACCAUGAGAGUGGCCCCCACCAUGAGAGAGGCCCCCACCAUGAGAGAGGCCCCCACCAUGAGGGCAGCCUCUACAUAAGCGAAACCCGAUUUGUCGUCUUCAAACAUUUUAACUCGCUCCUCCAACAGAAAAAUAUAAAGUACCUAUAUUUCAAGUGCGUGUGCCACGCUAGGAAGAGCGAAGGUACUGACUCCUACAACCAGAUAGACUUCAUCAUCACGACGGAGAACAUCUCGUCGGAGGUCAUUCACUCCAGGAAGGUUAUCGAGCCUCCAAAAAAUUACAAGGACGACCCUGAGGGGGGGGAAGAGGAGAGGCAGAAGCAGGAUCAACCAAAGGAGACUAAUGAACCACUCCCCAAGUUUAAGCAACCCGAGGGGAUGCCGCCACCAGGGAAGAGGGGCCCCUCCUCAAAGCCCUAUGCGAAACUCUCCGGCCUUAACGACCCCUUUCGGAAGAACAGCUUCUACAGGAGUGGCGCCACUUGUUGGGGGCUCUCCCUGUUCGUCGUCCUCCUCCUCCUCUUCCUGCCCUGA